AUGCUGUUCGGAGAAGAACAAAAGAUUGUGGGAACUGGCGACAGGUCCCUCCACAACAGCAUACCUCCCGAACUACUUGAGCGAUUCGAUCCUGUAUUCGUGGAUUACUACAAUAAGUACAACGUAGGAAGAGUAUACCGGAAUGAGGUACCUAUCGAAGAGUUCCGCAAGAACCCUGCAAAAUAUUCCCCAGUCUACGGCAGGGCUGCAGGCCCCGACAUCUACCGAAUCACGGAGGAGAAAUGUCCAGUGAAAGGAAGGGAAAUCGGAGUGCGCAUAUUCGAGCCCGCCCCUAUCAUAGUUGAUGGUUGCGCCAAAAAACGCGGGGCUUAUAUCAAUUUGCACCGUGGUAGGUGGGUAGUAGGUAGCUUGCUUACUGACCAUGGGUAUUGCAAGCAGCGGGUGCAUGGAGUGCAGGGAGAUCUGGAGGCAUUCAACUGGAUCCGACAGGAGAAAGCUAACGAGUUCAAUCUAGAUCCUGACCGGUUUGCGAUUGGUGGGCCGUCUGCUGGAGGGCAUUUAGCGGCAGUAAUCGCGCAUCUUUGCCGGGAUAAUAAGAUACCGUUACGAUUACAAGUGCUCUGUGUUCCAAUGGUCGAUAUACAGAGCGCAAUUACGCCCGAGGGGAAGUUUGACUGGGAGAAUUGCCCAUAUUAUUCAUACCGUGAGAUGGAGUUGAGUGCGGGCAUGACCACCGCACGAGUACAGUAUUUUAUCAACAAUUCCUGGGGCUUACCACCCGCUCUAGUUUUCACUGCGGAGAUGGAUCCGUUACGAGACGAGGGGGAAGCAUACGCGGAGAAACUGAGGCAAGCCGGCUGCGAAGUGUAUUUUACCCGAGUGAAAGCAGCACCUCAUUCAUUUGUGGUGCUGGAUGGCGUUCUGGAGUCCGGGAAAAGGUUCAAUGCUAGGGUCAUUGAAGCGUUGAAAAUGUAUCUAGCAUAA